GUUUCGGGCGUUUGGGAGGGGGCGAGCGAGGGAGCUAGAGUCAGGAGAGGGAGGCGGCGGCGGGGAGGAGGAGGAGGAGGAGCAGGCGCCGCCAUGGCCGCCGCUAUCACCGACAUGGCCGACCUGGAGGAGCUCUCUCGCCUGAGCCCUCUGCCCCCCGGCAGCCCCGGCCCGGCGGCGCGGGGCCGGGCUGAGCCCCCCGAGGAGGAGGAGGAAGAGGAGGAGGAGGAGGAGGAGGCGGAGGCCGAGGCCGAGGCCGAGGCGGUGGCAGCGCUGCUGCUGAACGGCGGCGGCGGCGGCGGCGGCGGCGGCGGCGGCGGCGGCGGCGGAGUGGGGGGCGGCGAGGCGGAGACGAUGUCGGAGCCGAGCCCCGAGAGCGCCAGCCAGGCCGGCGAGGACGAGGACGAGGAGGAGGACGAGGAGGAGGAGGACGAGAGCAGCAGCAGCGGCGGGGGCGAGGAGGAGAGUAGCGCCGAGAGCCUGGUGGGCAGCAGCAGCGGCGGGAGCAGCAGCGACGAGACGCGCUCGCUGAGCCCCGGCGCCGCCAGCAGCAGCAGCGGGGAUGGGGACGGCAAGGAGGGCCUGGAGGAGCCCAAGGGACCCCGGGGCAGCCAGGGCGGCGGCGGGGGCGGCAGCAGCAGCAGCAGCAGCAGCGUCGUCUCCAGCGGCGGCGACGAGGGUUACGGGACCGGGGGCGGCGGAAGCAGCGCGACCUCCGGGGGCCGGCGAGGCAGCCUGGAGAUGUCGUCGGACGGGGAGCCCCUGAGCCGCAUGGACUCGGAGGACAGCAUAAGCAGUACUAUAAUGGAUGUAGACAGCACAAUUUCCAGUGGGCGUUCAACUCCAGCAAUGAUGAAUGGACAAGGAAGCACUACUUCUUCAAGCAAAAAUAUUGCCUAUAAUUGUUGUUGGGACCAGUGCCAGGCUUGCUUCAACUCUAGCCCAGACCUGGCCGAUCACAUCCGUUCCAUACAUGUAGAUGGUCAGCGAGGAGGGGUAUUUGUUUGCUUAUGGAAAGGUUGUAAAGUAUAUAACACUCCGUCAACCAGUCAGAGUUGGUUACAGAGGCAUAUGCUGACACAUAGUGGAGACAAACCUUUCAAGUGUGUUGUUGGUGGCUGCAAUGCCAGCUUUGCUUCUCAGGGAGGGCUAGCUCGCCAUGUACCCACACACUUCAGUCAGCAGAACUCCUCAAAAGUUUCUAGCCAGCCAAAGGCCAAAGAAGAAUCUCCUUCUAAAGCUGGGAUGAACAAAAGGAGAAAAUUAAAGAACAAAAGACGACGUUCAUUACCACGACCACAUGAUUUCUUCGAUGCACAAACACUGGAUGCGAUAAGACAUCGAGCCAUAUGCUUUAACCUCUCAGCUCAUAUAGAAAGUUUAGGGAAGGGACACAGUGUUGUUUUUCAUAGUACUGUAAUAGCUAAGAGAAAAGAAGAUUCUGGAAAGAUAAAACUUUUGCUUCAUUGGAUGCCUGAAGACAUUCUGCCUGACGUGUGGGUGAAUGAAAGUGAACGACAUCAAUUAAAAACUAAAGUAGUUCAUUUAUCAAAGCUACCCAAAGAUACUGCCUUGCUUUUGGAUCCAAACAUAUACAGAACAAUGCCGCAGAAGAGGUUGAAGAGAUUUGCAUGGUAUUAUGGUUCUCUUACUCUGAAAAUUAAAAAGGAGUUGUAAGUGGCUACAGCAGGAAUUGCAACCCACAUUUUUUUCUAGGUCAGUAUUAUUUUCACCAUACCAAACAAUGUGAGAGAGGAAAUAAAUGUAUAUUGUAAUACCACUGUAAAGUUGUUUUCAGCGUUUCUGCUAUAGCCAAAUCCCUAGCAUGACAUAUGGCACAAAAUAGUCUGCAAAAUAGUCUAUUUGUUGAAAGACCAUUAUAGGUGAGUACUUGUUACAGGAAUAUAUUUUGGAGAGUUAAGUCCAUAAAAUACUAGUAGGGUUGAAGCAACUUUGCUUUACACCACACUGUGAUAAUGUUUACCUUUAUUUUACGAACCUACAAAAGGAACUGUAGUUUGUCUAAAUGUUUUCAUUGUAAUGGAUUAUUGAUGUUAUAUUUUUACAUAUUCAGUUGUAACCAUUUCUGGUUUAUUGAAUUUUAUUAAAAAGAGGCUCAAUUUAGUUUUUGGUAGGACUACCUUUUUUUUUUUUUUUGAGACCUCAAUCAUAUUUAUGAUAUGAGUAACAUUUUUAAAUAGUAACACUAUUUUGAAGGAGUUACCCAGUAUUUGAUUUCUUAUCUAUUUUGUCAAGGUCCCAGGGCAUUGUCCCCCAAAGGACCUAUUUUCCUUUUCAAUAUUUAUAUACCUCUGCUAGAGGAAAACCUAUGUGUUUACAAAUCUUAUGAAUUUAUUAAGAAACUGCCAAGGAUUUAUAUGUUCCUAUUAAAACCAUUUCAGGAAUUCAUUUAUUCCUAAUAGGUCUUGCAUAAGAUUAUUACAUUUUGGGCCUUUACCUUUUAGAAAAACAAAAAAAUUUUUUGGAGAGUAUGAAGCAAGGAAAUAAUCGUAAAACAUGAGUAGUUACUCUUGAUAGCUGGGCCAGUGUAGAUAGUUUAGUAUAAACAUCAUCAAGCAUUGCAGAGGAGGAGUAGGUCAGAAGAUUCCUAGGUUGUAUCUUGUUGAAUUUCAUAAAUUAGAGCCUAAUUGAUUAUCUUAAUACUUGAAUAACUUUUAAAAACCUCAUAAUAGGAUCCCUGGAGGGUUCAGCAGUUUGGUUUCUGCCUUCCGCCCAGGGUGUGAUCCUGGAGACCCAGGAUUGAGUCCCACAUCAGGCUCCCUGCAUGGAGCCUGCUUCUCCCUCUGCCUGUGUCUCAUGGAUAAAUAAAUAAAAUCUUUAAAAAAAAAAAAACUAGUUGGGAAGAUUUCUAUACUGUAGUCUCCUGGGAGGGACUGUCAGCUGACCUUGUGAGUUGUGUCUAUUUUAAAGUUUUGGUAUUGCAAAAUGUUUUCCAACAUAAACUCCCAUCAAUUGGAUGUGAAUGCUUUUUUCCCUGCACUUAUUCCAAUAUUUAGAUAUUAUCAAUACUUAGAUAAUAUCAAUACAAGAUAUUAUCAUUUACAUUUUAGUCAAAGAUGGAAAAGUGAGUUAAAAGAAUUGCCUGGGUUUGAUUCUUCUUUCAAGUGAAAACUGAUUUUGUGGUUUUGGGGAAAUUGAACCUGUUGAACUUGUGCCUGUUUUUUUGUUUGUAAAUGGCAUGCUGCUGUUACUUGAUAGGAUUUGUAUAGUCCUUGUUUUGAUGAGCAUGGUUUGAAAGUAGUCUUAAUCUUUGUAUCUUCUUAUCCCCCC